AUGGGUGUCCGUACUAAGACCGUGAAGGGAUCUGCCGUUAAGAUUAUUGAAAAGUACUAUUCGCGUCUCACUCUUGACUUUGAUACAAACAAGCGUGUGUGUGAUGAGGUUGCUAUCAUUCCAUCAAAGCGUAUGCGCAACAAGAUUGCUGGGUACAUUACGCACCUCAUGAAGCGCAUUCAACACGGUCAAGUGCGUGGCAUCUCGCUCAAGCUUCAAGAAGAAGAACGUGAGCGUCGUAUGGACUUUGUCCCAGAAGUCUCGGCUAUUGACGUUGAAAACAUCGAGAUUGAUAACGACACGAAGGACCUUUUGGCCCACUUGGACCUUAAGCUGUCUGGUGUGCACGUGCCACAGCCUAAGGCCCGUGAGCAACAGCACCACCAACGUAACUAA